UGGCUUCAUGCUGAAAAAAAAAAAAGGAUUUAUUUUAUUUUCUCUACACGCUUUUGGUUAUAAUCCAGUGUUGAUCUAGGGGAAAUAACCGUUCAGCCUGGCUGAAAAAAAAGCAUCCGUUGAAAAGUCUCAAAGAAAUAUACCACGUGAGGAAAAAAAACUGGGAGAAGAUCGGAAUAUAACCAUUUUUUCUAUGAUAAAACUGGUGCCCCUCUUCAGGAGAACUGAUCUCAAUUUAUUAUUAUGCAACCACAAGGAUCUCUUCUUUCUCAGGGUGUAUAAGCUGCUGGAUUGCUUUUCGCCCAAAUCAAUGUGGUUUCUUUGGAACAUUUUCAGCAAAGGAUCGCAUAUGCUGCAGUGUCUUUGUGGCAAGAGUCUUAAGAAAAACAAGAACCAAACUGAUCCCCAGCUCAAGGGUAUAGUGACCAGGUUAUAUUGCAGGCAAGGCUACUACUUGCAAAUGCACCCCGAUGGAAGUCUCGAUGGAACCAAGGAUGACAGCAGUAAUUCUACGUUAUUCAACCUUAUACCAGUGGGACUUCGAGUUGUUGCUAUCCAGGGUGUGAAGACUGGGUUGUAUAUAGCCCUAAAUGGAGAAGGUUUCCUCUACACAUCAGAACUUUUUACACCAGAGUGCAAAUUCAAGGAGUCUGUUUUCGAAAAUUAUUAUGUAAUCUACUCAUCCAUGCUCUACAGACAACAGGAGUCCGGGAGGGCCUGGUUCUUGGGGCUGAACAAAGAAGGGCAGGUCAUGAAAGGAAACAGAGUGAAGAAAACAAAACCAGCAGCUCAUUUUCUACCCAAGCCAUUGGAAGUUGCCAUGUAUCGAGAACCAUCUUUGCAUGAUAUUGGAGAAACAGUGCCAAAGGCUGGGGUAACUCCAAGUAAAAGCACAAGUGCAUCUGCAAUAAUGAAUGGCGGCAAACCAGUUAACAAGAGUAAGACGACAUAGCCAGAUCCUCACAGGUGUUGUGACUUACUGAGUCCCGAGUACAGUUGAGUGAUUUAUCCUUGCCAGACUUCCCCUCUGCAGUGUCUGUGGAUCAGGUUGCAGCAAGUCACAGGCUUGCCCGUUGCCGUUUCUGAACUGAGUUGUUGCAAGUGGAUAAAUCUCAACGUGUAGCUCCACCCACAACAAGAAGACACCUGGAUGAACCAGCUAAACUCAGACCAUGGAAUGCCCUACCAGAUAUUGGAAUGCCUUUUUAAUAUCUUUUCUGUGACUGUGACACUUCAUGUGAAUGACAUACUUCACAAGUACACUUGAUACCUUGCCUGCUGACAAUUGCCCAUAAUCCCUUUUUGAGUCCAGUUUCAGCAAAAUCCAUGUGUUUAAGUUCUAUUUUGUAGCACACAAAUAAUCAAGUAAUUUCUAGUUAGAUGCUGUAAACCUGUGCUAUUAUGGAUUUCUCUUCUUCCCUUUUUUAUAAGGCUGCUCGCUCCACUGUGUGUGACUUUUUGCAGGGACUGUGUUUCUCUAUAACUUAAGUGUUGACGGUGGCUUAGUUUUGAAAGUAAUCAGGGAAUCAGGAAGCCUUCAAAAAUCUCUUAUUACAAAUUAUAUCUAUAAAGAAUACGAUUGUUGUCUCUGGCUUACAAUAUUGACUAUAUGUGAAUACUCUUUAGUAACAGAUACUGUGCUUCUGAGGUUGGCAUUAUAGCGGAGGGAAGAGUGUCAAACACGACCAACUGGAAGUUUUCUGAAACGAGUGUUUGGCAUCCCCUGUAGUUUCUUUUUGUGUGUGUGUUUUAUACAUGUCACAGGCUUACUGGUAAUGGUAACAUUUGCCUUGCCCAGCGAGCAAGACCCACUCAUUUUUGGGAAAGUGGGUCCAAAGAAUUUUGUAGGCCUUGUAGGCCUGAAUUAAGGCUCAUUUUUCAUCUACUAAAUCUUCAUUAUUUGAAAACAACCACCACCAAUUAAAACAAACAACAAAUAAGCCUAACCAGAAUUGCGCUACCUAAAUUCAUUUCAGAUAUAAUCCUUUCCUGUUUUUAAGGAACUGAACUUAACGCCAUUGUUAUUUUAUUGGCUGAGUCCCACACCUACUUAGCAAAGCAUGGGCAAGGAUGUUGUUGUGUUCUUUUUUGCAGCACCAAUGCAAAAGAUAGUUACAAAUUAUAGUUUAAUAUUUCUGGUGUUUUAAAAGUUUUAAAACUGGACAUAUUACGAGACUUCAUUUUUAUUUUUUAGGUAAGCAUGCAAUGUCCGGUCCUAUGUAUCUCACAGUACAAACCUUCACUGAGCUUCCUAGGAUGAUAUGCCCACCAAAUUGCUAGAUUGAAGGUGCCUUGCCUUGAUCUCUGUAUACUGUACUUUCUCCUACAUGAGCCUGGAAGGAAACGAAAACAUGAUGAAACUGAAGCCUUGGCUCACGUUACCAGAAACAACAUCAAACCUUUGAGUUUGUCACUCACAAACAAGUAAAAGCGACGGUGCAGGGCGAGGGAGAAGGAGAAUUUAGAAAGUGCCACAGAGGUGCCACUGAAGUGUUGCACACUAAAGUCAAACAGGCUUCCAGAAGAGUACUGGCUACUCUCUGUACGCUGAAGAAGGUAUUUGUUUCUCAGAAAGGGCAACAAGGACCAAACCGUACUUUAGCCUGGAAAACCAUGUGGUAACUUAGCUCACUUGGCCUCUUGCUCUUAGGUGAUACUUUAAGACACACAUCAAAAGAAAAACAAAACAACAACCAAAAAAAAAAAAGAAGAAAAAAAAAAGGCAAUCCACUCCUUUUUUAGCAUUGUCUUUCGACAGUUUCUUUUAUCACGUCAUUGUACUGAAGUCCCUAACAGAUACUGCUGGUUGUUUCAGAAUCUCUCUCUGCUCACCUGAACAACCGAUUCAGUCUGAGUGGACUCUUCAUGCUAGUUUUCAAGCGUGUUCUGUUUUCAUAAGCAACACGUAGUAUACUCUGCAAGGAGGCUACUGUAAAGCUGCUAAAUUCUAGAUAGGGUUGUUUUUUGGUAGGCCAGACUUCCUUUUUUCCAUAGGCAAUAUGAGAACAGCAAACUCUGUUGGGUCUUUCUAGGGAAGGAAUGAGUUAAGCAUGAAGCCCACUAUCCAUAUAGAGAAAAAAAUACAAUUGUACUUUAAUACUGUGAUAAAGACGCAAAGAAACUUUGACUUAGACUGUGCCCUUUCCUGCGCGCACUAAAUACGUGUGCGUGGGGAAAAUUACACUGCAUUAAAAACUUUGGUGCACCCUUCUCAUCCCAUCUGGUCCAGUGGGAUUUGUGCACCAUCCCUGAGGAAAAAAAACAACAAACAAAACAACAAGCCAAAACCAAAGCAACUCACAUAGUGAGCUGGGGACUUGCCCUGCAUCCGCUGGGUCCCAAAGGAGGCCCCAGACUUUUCCUACAAUGAUAAGUAGAGCACUUCGCAAUAAUUGGAGUAACAUCAUACAGCUGAAGGCUACAUUCUCCUUCUCUCUCACCCGGCUUUCCCAAGAGUUCAUGAGCCCCAUUCAGCCAUCUUCUUACUCUUCCAGUGUAAGAGCCUGGGGAGAGACAGGACUGGAAACCUGGCUGAGCCAUGCAAGGAGGUUUGGCUUGAUGGCCUGAUGCUACUGAAGUAUUGUUUUCAACAUUAAACUUUUGAUCCUGAGUAAUUAUGAUCUCCAAACCAGCUGGGGAGGUGGGGGGCUAUAAUUAAGGCAAGACUUUUUUUCUUCCUAAGCAGUUAAUACAUACUGAAAAUACAGCUUUUUUUUCUUUGGGUUGUUGUUGUUUCUGGUUUGUUUCUAUGUGCUAAAUCCAUGUGUGUGUUUAAUCCAGUGAAUAGAUGUCCUGAAAAUACUUUUUCUUCUACAGCCUGUUUAAACACAGCAAAGGGGUCUUUGCUUCGUUUCCUCCCUUUAGUUUUGUCUCUUGUCUCAUCUGUUGCAUGGGAAGAGGAUAGCAAGGACAAAGUGCAUGUAGUAGGACGUGUCUCUCAAAGAGCUGUUGGUCUGUAUUACUAAAUCUACAUACCUAUAUGCAAAGAGUUUGUCUGCAUUGUACGGUUUGUGUUUAUUCUUAUUUGUUGUAUACACAGAUUCAACAUGAUGAAUAAACCUUUAUAUGAAGGCAUAUAAAGAACAAAAAAACAUUUAGGUAAGAAGUAGACUGUGCAAAACAUCAUUGCACUGGCCACAGGAUGGUGAAACUUCAUGUAAAUAGGUUGGCAAACUCAGUUCUCCCCUUUUUACCAUGCCAAAGAAAAUUUUAGCUCCUUAAUAUAAUACCUCUCUUGCUGUUCUCCAGGAUGAGACUUCACCAUUUUCUUCCCUCGAAAAUUAAUUUUGCUGAUAAGUGAAAGCUAUUUUCAACUGUCUGUUACUACUAAAGUACUGUAUAGUAAACCUGAUGGAAUCAAUUUGUAUUUACAGACUGGGGUUUUUUGUACUGACAUGUCCAGCCGUCUGUGAAUCUGCAGCGUUCCAGAUCUUUUGCAUGCUUGCUUUGUAUUUUGUUCUUCUGGGUUGGAUCUAAUCUCUCUGAGACUGUUUGCACAGCAAACCAACCUCACCUUACCAUUUCAUAGGUAACACUGCACAUAGUCAUGAUCUCUUUCAGUUUUAUAAAAUCUGUAUUUCAGCUACAGUUCUAUUUGGCAAAAUCAGGCACAUCUGCACAGUUUGGGGAAGACAGUUUCGAGUAGAUAUGAACCACUUCAACACAGCACCAUUCUGCUGCACUUCAGAACUUUUAUAAAUACACACGAAUCCAUAUGAAAUUGCUCACAUGAUAGAGCCUACAGAAAGGUGUCUAUAGCUUUUACGUGCUUUGUAGUAGACAUAAAAGAGCUUUUGUUUCAGUUGCUGGGGCUUCUGGCCACUCCUAAAUGACUUCUUUGAUAUGCUGUCAUUUUCAUAAACUUCUUAGAGUCAGGUUAGUUCGUAACAAAUCCCCUCCUCCACCCCAAAUAUAAAGCAGUUCACUUUGACCAUGGUAUGCAUUGGAAACAACAGUAAGACCCCUGACAUUUUAUAUAUAGAAGGCAGCUUUUUCCUCUUGGUUUGAAACCACUGCGCAGUUAGCUGUGAAAACAGUUUGGUCCAAGCAUUAAAUGUGGGCCUUGCUGAUCUGUUCAUUGGUAUAAAGAAGACAUUACUUAUCUCGAUUCCAAUGGAAAUGCAAUUAAAAUUAGACUAAAGACAUUGGCUUAAAUGCCCCUUUAGAUGAACUCAUUCUGUGCAAUGCACUUUGAAAUGUCCAAUAACAGGGGAGUUUUGUGCUGACCAAUGCAAAUGCCAUGUGUUAUUUUUCUAGCUGUAAUAGAACUCCUUUUCUAUUACAUAGACACAGAAAUAAUUCCAUUUAUCUUUCUUCAUCUCGGUAUCAUUUAGCUAGAAAGCAAGCUGUCAUUCUCCAGAGAAGCAAGGGCAGUACAUCAGAAAUACCAGAGCAGGUACAUGAGGAAACAUUGAUCUGUGUGUUUCAAAAAGAAAGCAUGGCCAUGGAAAGAAAGAUGACAAGCAGGUUAAUAAUAUAUGAAAGCCAAUCAAUCCACAGUUGUUUUACAGGUGGUACUACUGUAUGGUAUAUACAGUGGGCAUAAUCCUGUGAGUCCAUUGUGAAAACGUUUGACACACUUGUGGAUUGUGCUCUUUCUCUGAUAAAGAGAAAGCCAGGCUGUAGUAUCUUUUGUUCCAUCUAGGCAGUAUGAAAUCCCUGUUUAUCCUAUUUGGUUUUGCCACCUAGAACUGCUAGACACAGGCCUGGAGGCAAGUUCUUGCAGUCACCAGUUACGAAGAAUCAAGCAUUAUGUUUCAUUGCCUUACUUCUCUUCCCAGUUCUACAGUAUCUGGAAUUCCUGUCACAGGGAAUGAGGUGUAAACUUACAGUUUAUUAAUACAGCUAUUAUUUUCACAAAUGUGGAAUUCCUUCUGAUCUCAUUUUGCUAGUGAGGAAGUGAGCCACAACACAAAUUUUUUUGGGUGUUACAUCACCAGUCAGGAGCAUGAAGAGCAGGGGAGGAACCUUCAAGCACCACUAUAAGGAACAAUAAAAAUGGGAAAGGAAUUUAUGUAUACAUUACAUUUUUAAUAGUCUUAGUUAAUAGCACCACUUUGAUAAUUUACAUUUUAAUGAACCACUGACAGUAGCUGUCUUAGACUACUCUAAAUAACUCUUCCAGCUGUACCUUAACAAACAACUUGGAUAAAACUUUUUGAAAUGCUGUGACUGUGUAAUAGCCCAAAUGUAGUAGUCAAAAGCUGGAAGCUGAUUUUUUUUUUAAAGAUUCUAAUUAGAAACCAGAUUUUUUUUUUUUUUAAGGCCAAAUCACAACAUAAAAUACAUCAAACCUGACAUUGCAACCCUCUAAAAAAGUUCUUCCAUGAAUAUGAGUACCCUAAGACCGCAGCUGAUCUAAAGCAUAGAUAGAUCUGCUUAUCAUGGCAUGAAACAAAGGAAAAGCAUCUACUGAAGCUAGAUAAUAGUUUUGAUUGUCUAAUGCUUUCUGUUGAAGUACUGAAGAGAGUUGGAAGGAAAAGAGGGAAGACUUUCUGUCAUUCAUUGUUUCCACUCUGAUUCAGCAGCCAAGUGUAUAUGUGCAUAAGCCACGUGAUGAUUCAGGCCAGUGGUACUCCUACAUAUAAAUGAAAUCAACAGUCUAUGCUUUGUGAACACCAGGGCUGAUAGAAUGUUGAAAACUCAGAGAAAGAUUCCUGUUAAGUUCUGCAGAGUUUAAGGGUUAUAAGUCUAAAAUACAAAAUGUCAAGAUUAAUUUUACUCUGAAGAUUGUUUAUACUGUAUCAAUACAUUUUAGAACUCUAGCAGCUUUGGGAUGUAUGUCUCAUGAUUUAUCUGCAUAACUUCUGUAAAAGUUAUGCAUGGAUGUUUGGUGAUUAUGCUCCCUGAGAACAUGGGUUUCACAAGCUUCAUUUUUAGAAAGAGAGAAUCAGGGUUAAGGGGGGAAAAUGAGUAAGAGAAAAAGCAAGCUACUACAUGGGAAGGGGGAAUGGUAUAACUGAUUAAAUGAAUUCAUUCUUUUAUCUCUAUUACAUGUUAUCUACCAUUGUAUUUUCCUAGUUCAAAACUGUCCUUUCUAAAAGAAAACUGAUUUCUAGACUAAUAAUGGAAAUAGCUUUUCCUUUUUUUUUUUGGUUGAUAGGUAAUUUCCCUUAUUUAUGAAACAUGUACCUCUUCAAAAACCUGGAUCAUGUGUCUCUUCAGAAAUCAGGACCUUGGCACCUAAACCCACUAUGUGACAGUUUGGUAUUCAAAAGACAUGUUCUCCAACCACUUAAGCAAUUUCUUGCUCAAUCAUGGUUUCACCAAAUGCAAACACUUUUGAAACUAAUAGAUAUAUAUUUUUUUUUCCUUGGGUUUUUGUUUGUUUGCUUGUUGUUUUUUUGUUUUGUUUUGGGGUUUGGGUUUGGGUGUUUUUUUUUUUUGCUCUAGAGAACUCAAGGGCUGCCAAAUCUAUAUGUAUUAAAAAAAGCAAAAACCACAAAACUACCACAUGGGGGAAAAAAAAAAAAACCAACAAAAAACCAACAGACUCAUAUGUAAAUAAGUUAGGGAAGUCCCAAUAGUUGUGCAUUAUUCAUAACUCAAUGUGAAUUUCACACUGAGCAGCAUUUCACCAUUGGAAAAUUAAAAAUAAAAUUUUUGUUCAUACCA